AUUACUCAUUGAGCGCAGAGAUCUUGUGAAUCUGAGGAUCAGUUAAAUAUAAACAAUUAGUUUAAAGUGAUUAAAUGAUUAAUGACAUCUACAUUUACCCUACAGGGUUAAUAUGGAAUGUAACCUUUUGAAUUUUCAUAGAUUUUAAAAUGUCAAUAAUCAUAAAUUUUAGAUAUCGAUGUGCAACUUAACAAGAGAGGAGAGAGAAUUUCUGGAAAAAGCUCACCUUGAUGUCGAUGAGGAUGACGCAGAUGGACAAAGUAAUGACAAAGAGGACAAUGAAAUUGAAAGCAAUAACACAGAUUCAGAGUCAAACCAUGCCAACCAAAAUAUCAUUUCAACACAACUGCCAAUCACGUCAACAAGUGAUGAUGAAGCAUCGGUCACUACUGGAGAUCUGGAUAAGCUCCCGCUGGAUUUGUCUCCCCUGCCCCGUGAAAGCACUAUACCACUGCAAGAUGUAACAAACUCUCAGGUAAUACGCAACGCUCAACAAAUGCAGUCUGGUGUAAGUCCAUACUACAAAAAUUUGUAUAACCGGCUAUUCCAGAACCCCGCAGUCAGCAAUAAAAGAAGAUACUCAGACUCUAUGUGCUCCAUGAAAGAGAAUUCUGACCACUGGAACAACGAUUUGUAUCCACUGGAACUCUUUCCUAAAAAACCAGCGACUGUAGCAACACUGCAGAAGUUUGAUCCCGCAGUAGACGACAUCGUAGAUUUUAAACCGAAUUCGGCGCUGUCUGCUGGAACAAACGUUUUCCUAUCGGGCUACUGGAGGAAGGGACGGGUCACUAAAGUUGACAUGGACGAUAGCAAAGGAAAAGUGUACACUGUGGAGGACUUCGGGGAAGAUUUGAAAGAAGGGCUAAAACGAAAGAAACUCGUCAGGGUCCUUCUCCACGAGGGCCGGGCAGAUGGUUUAAUUCCUCCAGACUUGGAGCUGGAGGGAUUAAAGGACAUGAUAAAGAACUUGAGGAAGAAGACAGGUGCAUGGCUAAGGGGAAAAAGAAUGGAAGUGAACUAUCCUGAUCAUCAUCCUGAGUGUAUGGCAGCACCAUUUUCCGAGUACGAGAUGGGGAAGGACAUAGGUACACACCUAACAUCACAAGAUGUGUUAGUAUGGUAUGUUACCACAGACGUCGAUGCCCAGAGGUGCCAAAG